AUGGCGGCGCGGGAAGUCUACCCGCUCGUCCGGCGCCUCGUCGUCGGCCUCGGCAACCCGGGCGAGAAGUUCCACAACACGCGCCACAACAUUGGCAAGAUGGCCCUCCAGCACCUCUUUGCUGCGCAUGGCGCUCCGCCAUUCGUCGACGUCAAGGCCGUGCACGGCGAGAGCGCGGUGCAUCAGCUGCGCUUCGACGAGCUGCAAACGCGACUUGGCGACGACCUCAUUGAUCGCAUGUCGGAGCGGCGCAAGGCGCGAACUGUCGCCGAGGGCGUGCCGUAUCCUGUCGUCGAUGUGCAUGGCCUCUUGCCGUCGACGUACAUGAACCGCAGUGGCAUGUCGGUCAAGAGCUACCUCAACACGCAUCAUUUCCGGCUCAAGAACAAUGCGCUCGUCAUCAACAAGCACGACGAGCUGCUCGUGCUCACGGACGACAUCACGCUGCCGUUUGGCACGUGCCGCUUCAAGCCCAAGGGCGGCCACGGCGGCCAGAACGGCGUCCGCGACGUCAUUAAGUGCAUCGCGUCCGAGAAGUUUGCGCGGCUCAAGAUCGGCAUUGGCUGUCCGUCGUGGUUUCUCGAUCCGGCGAACAAAGGCAACCCGCCGCCAGGACUGCAGCUCGACAAGUACGUUCUCGGCAAGUUCCAGCCACACGAGAUGGACGACAUGCGCGCGCUCAUGGUCUACACGUCGGCGCUGCUUCGCGUGUAUGCCCAUCGCGGCCUGAACGAAGCCACUGCGCUCGCCAACAGCACCGACAUGAAAGCGUACAAGAAGGACAAGCCCAAGCCCAAGCCCAAGGCUGACUCGCCGCCGCCAACCAAGAAGCAGCGGUUAGACUAA